AUGUCCUCAGUGGUGGUGUCCGGACAGAACCAGCUGAGCCUUGCGGGCCUCCCCAUGGAGAGCUGGAUGACCCACCUGCCAUGUGCCCUGUGGGACACCCCUCUUCACUACCUGGCCAUCCCAGGUAGCCACAAUGCAAUAACGUAUUGCCUGGAUAUGAACGACAGAUCUCCUGUUGACCCCAUGCAGCCAGACGUGCUUCAAAAACUGGACAAAUACAUGAAGCCCUUCAUUCGCCCCUUUGUGUACAAGUGGGCAAUAACUCAAGAGUACACCAUAAAGCAGCAGCUGGACUGUGGGGUCAGAUACUGUGACCUAAGAAUCGCACACAGACCCAACGACAGCUCUACCGACCUGUACUUCUACCACGGAGUUUAUACUACCCUCACCGUCGAGAGCAUCCUAAAGGAUAUAAAAGAAUGGCUGGAUGUUCAUCCCAAAGAGGUGGUGAUUCUGUCCUUCAGCCAUUUCCUGGGCCUGAACCAGGAGCUCCACAUCUUGCUGCUCACAACCAUACGCAACAUAUUCACCUCCAAGCUCUGCCCCAAAAUGGAUGUGCUGACACUUCGAAAUAUGUGGGCUUUAGAUUACCAAGUGAUUGUGUCCUAUGAGCACAACAUUGCUGGCUCUCACAGCGACCUGUGGCCUCACAUCCCCUACUGGUGGGCCAACAAGUGCAAAGCUGAAGCCCUCAUCGAGGAGUUUGAACAACGGAAACAACAAGGAAGACCAGGGGGGUUGUUUGUCACAGGAAUUAAUCUGACAGAGGACCUGAAAUACAUUUGCACCCAUCCCACAGAGUCGCUGAAGGAUCUGGUGAUGUCCACAUAUCCAGUGCUGCUCGGCUGGGUCAAGGAGCAGACGCCCGGCUCAAAAGUGGACUCUCUCAACAUCAUUGCUGGAGAUUUUAUCACAGAGAGCCACUUCACAACCACCGUUAUCACACUGAACGAGAAGCUACUGAAAUGGCCUUCUUGA